UUAGCAGCGGUACUUAUACAUAUUGGUGAAGUGCGCAGUAACGUUAUAGAAUCCCAUAUAUAAGACAAGCUCAGUUAUCACAGACUUUAGUCUUUGGAAACUACUUCAUAGAUUAAGACGUGUAAGUGUCUUCUUAAAUUUCUGUGACACAAUGAAGACUUCGUUUGCAGUGUUAAUCACGAUAGUUGCACUAACUACUAAAAGCAGUCAAUUAGACGAUGCCGCUCUGCAGAAAAGAAUUUUUGAGUGCGCUGCCGAAUCAAAACUUCCCGAAGGUUUACAAAAAUUACAAAAGAAACAGUUGACCAAGGAAAUAGACAAUCCUAAACUGAAGUGUUUUAAUGCUUGCAUGAUGAAGAAGAAAGGAACUAUGAUAAAUGGAAAAGUUGAUCCAGAGAUGCAAUUGGUAGCAGUCCAACCAGAUUCUUACGAUGUGAUCAAAGAAGUUGUCAAUACGUGCUCAGACUUGGCUAAUCAACAGAUCGAUGAGUGUGAGGUGUCUUAUAGUUAUGUAAAAUGUUUGAUACAAAACGCAGGUGCUUAUUAAGAAUGACACGAUCCUGACAGAAAUAUCAUCGAUCCGAGUAAUGUUUUAGUUAUUGAUGCAAGACAUGCUAAUAUGAAAUUUUAGUUGCGUUAGUAAAGCGUUGCACAAGAAGUUUAGGGCGCUGAUUAAAAAAUUGACAAUCGAUCGACAAAAAAAUACGAGUUCUUACAAGCGUCAUAUCACGAAAGAUUAAACUGAGAAAUAGUACAGAUGGAUGUAAUCAGAGCAUAGAUAAGUUGCUAGAUGAAUUUACGUCAUUAAUCGAGAAAAAUUAUACUGGGAAUUGGUAUUUGCGAACUAUUCCACCACGCUAUAAGUGAAAAGCCUAAUAAGUUUGAACGAUAAUGUCGGGCGUUAUCUAAAAAAGAAUAAUUCAAGAUGAUUCCAUGCGCAUUGCUGCACAAUUCAUUUGACAUCAAUAAUCGCUAUAAUAAGCAGCUCAGAAUCUUUAGUGUACUUUCAGUGAUCUUGCAUUUUCGUAGUUUGUAAAAUGAUGCCUUAAAAAUUCCGUCAUGCUUAUUGAACGUCUAUACGUGCAUUUUGAUCUAUUUAUUAUGAUAACGGAGUUUCCUGUUUGACAGCUUCACGUGAUGGAAAUAUCAAGAUGUUGCUCAUCGCUUAUCUGUGUACCACUUCCGCUGUGUUCUCGCGUAAUAACUUGAUAAAUAUAUACAUGGUCGAGGAAAAAUAGGUGUCGUAACUUUAAAAAUCAGCAAUUAAUGACGCAGUAUUGUUAAUUAUCUAUGAGAGCUGUUACUUUCUUCAAUAAUAUUUAUCGUAAAAAUAUCUUAUCGAUAAAUCAGAGUAUUUUAAAUCAUUUAACUGAAUUUUAUUUUUUAUGUCAUAAAUCCUUGCAUAAAUUCAUUAAACAGAUAACAAUAUCUAUUUGUACCUGUAAAUAAUAUAUGUUUAUUAUUGAAAAAAAUUAUCAGUUUCUUUGAUACUGGUUAAGCGAAACUUUCAAUAAUUUAAUGAUGCUCAAAGUAAAAAAAGCAUAUAUUUCAAUUUUUUUGGAAAAUAAUAUUACAUUUUUAGUUUUAUUUUACAGUAUUUUUAUUAUUUCAAAAUAAUUAGCAUCAUUUGAAACUAUAAACCGAAUCAACGCAUGUUGAUGAGAUCGGAAAAAUAGGGAUGGGAGAGGGGGCAAACGAACACUCGACCGGCUGUUAGUUAAUUCAAGUUUUCUCGCUUUUGCCAGCAGCUAGACUUGUAUAAAAUUGUCUGGAGUGGUCCGAUUUUUACGAUUCAAAAAAGUAAAUGAUUAUUUUUUAACCUAGAAACGUUUGUAUAUUAGCAAUUUCGUAAAAAAUGCAACUUAAAAUAAAUUACUUUUUGCGAACUGCCUGACUGACCUUUUUCAAAAGCAAGCAAUAAAAGUUUGGCUACGGAUUGGACCCCCCCCCCCUGCAGAUAGCUGCUUCACUUUCCGAACGGCUAAUCCCUUGCAUGCUUCGUCAGCCUUUUUGCAUUAUCAACGUUUAAGAUGGUUUAACUGAAUUACUGUCAAGUGAACUUAAAUUUACUUUACUUUUUUUAUUAAAAUUAACUAAAAUUAAAAUUAACUUAAUCAGUGGAAUGCCUACUUUCAGCUAAUACCAAUUUAAGAUUAUAAAAUGAAUACUGAAUUUACAUUAAUCGAUGGAAAUCACGGGAAGAUGGUAGGCUGACUUCCACUACGAAAAAUUAUAAAUAAAAGAUUUUUUGAUCAAAUAAUAUAUACAAUUAUACUUACAAAUCAACAAUACUAUUUUAGCUAUUACUCAAUAACUUAAUAAUAAUUAAAAUUAAUAAUUUUACUGUAACUUUCAUACAUAUAUUUAGUUUAUAAUAACUUCAAAAAUGUAACCCAGUACAUGUUUAAUUAAACAAAAAAAUUUAUUAUUGUAAAAAAACAGGACUAUUUUUCAUAGCCUACAUAGAAAGAAACCAAGGAUAGUUCAUAAUGAUUUUUAAAAAAGUUAUUAUGUACAAACACCAUUAUUUCUGCGAAUAUUAUUGUUUAACUUCCCGUAACUCUCAUAAAAUUCUUUUAGCUAUUUGUUUAACGAUCGCCAUAAAGGCUCCUUUUUAAAAACUAG